AUGGGUCGUCCGGCAAAGGCUGCUUCUUCCGGUGACAAUACUGGCGACGGCGCCUCUUCAGGCGGUGCCCUCGCAGGCGGCGUCACCAUCAACGGCAUUGCUCCCACGGCUACCGAAAUCAAGUUUAUCUUUGCCAUGGUCGCCAACCUGAAGAGCAAGCCUGAUGUCGAUUGGGACAACUUGCAGAAUGCCCUCGGCCUGCAAACCAAAAAGAGCACCUACGAGCGCUGGCGUCUGUUUCGUAUCAAGUUCGGUAUCGCUCAUACCGAUGACGGCAACAACGGCGACGGUGCAGCUCCCGGUUCUGCUCGCAAGGCUGCCGGCGGCAAAAAAUCUGCCACUGCUGGUAAGGACGACGGCGCCAAAGACGGCGACGAGGGGCUCCCCGAGGCUGCCGCCGGCUCGCCCUCUGUCCCGGUUACCCCCGCCAAGCGCGGUAGAAAGCCUCCCGGCACUGCUACUCCGCGCUCGGCGGCCGGUAGGAAGCGAGCUGCCUCUGUGGCGAGUCCUGCUGCUGGUGAUGAAGAGGAUGUGGAGAUCGAAUCUCCCGCCAAAAAGGCGAAGGGCAAAGGCAAGGCUGCCGCUGCCGCCAAAGUCGACAACCAGGAGAAGCAGGAUGAUGCCGCCGCCAAGGAGGACGAGGCGCCUUCCUCUCCCCUCUCGCCUCCCCCUGAGACUGCUGCGGGCACGAGCAACGAGAUGGAGGGGUAGACCGCCUCAUUCUUUGUGCCGAUUUGAAGGGUUCUCCUCUGGCAUCUGAUUUAGUCGGCAUGCCUGAGACUGGCUUGGGUCUCUUUUUCUUUGUUCUUGCGGCUUGCUCGGGA